CAGAAAGCUUUCACGAGAAGUUGAAAGUCCAAUAUCCAUAUUCACCAAAUUCUCUUUACACUUCAAACUAGAAUCAUGCCAAAGGGGAACCCCACCGUUAUCAUCAACCCUCAGUAUUGUGCUCCACAUAAUAUCGACCUAGCUAUUGUUAGAAAGGUCAUGACAUUAGGUGAUAACUUCACCGUCACCAACGUUAAUGGCAAAGUUGUUUUCAACCUUAAGGGCUCUCUCAUGUCCCUCCAUGACAACCGUGUCUUACUUGAUGCCGCCGGAAAACCCAUCGUCACGAUACGCCGGAAGGUAAUGACAGGACAUGAUCGAUGGCAAGCUUUUCGGGGUGAAAGCAUGGAGAUGAAAGAUUUGAUCUUUAGUGUAAAGCGAUCAUCGAUGUUUCAGCUAAAGACUAAGUUAGAUGUGUUCUUAGCUGAUAAUACUAAAGAAAAAGUUUGUGACUUUAAGGUGAAAGGAAGUUGGUUCGAGAAAUCUUGUGUUGUUUAUGCUGGUGAAUCUCUCACCAUUGUUGCGCAGAUGCAUAAGAAGCACACCGUUCAAAGCAUUGCAUUUGGGAAAGAUAAUUUCAUGGUCACAGUGUAUCCCGAUAUUGACUAUGCAUUCAUAGUGGCACUAAUUCUGAUUCUUGACGAAAUUAACCAAGACAAGAGACAAGCUCAGAAUUGA